AUGAGGAGGAGAGAUUCUGAAGAUGAAGAAGAACCUGUCAGGCCUGUAAAGAAGGAGGGCCGUCAAGUUACUCAAGGUGUAGCUUCCGACAGUGAAAACGACCGGGAGGAGGAUACGUCCAACAACCCUACAACAACAACCCUACGUUGUCCGGACUGUCCUCACGCCCCUUUUGCUCAGAUUUCACAUCCAAGCCCACAGAUGCCAUCAUCGUCCACGCAGGGAUGUUUCCCAGCAGUGAGCUACGCAUAUAUAGGACGUGGUACCACAAACAACAUUUCAGCACUCGCUACAACAGCCAGCGGACCCUCAAUGGUCCCCUACAGUGUAACAGCCAGCAGGCCCUCCGUCAUCUUCGCAACCCAAGGAAAUUCAAACGUCUUCCAGCCAAGAGAUGCCAACUGGUCGACUGGGCCGGGCUUCGUAUACACUGGUCCCAGCACUUCAUCUUUUAAUUACGGUCCUCCAACCUACAUUGAUGAUCCCCCUGCCCCUGGCUGGGUCCCACUCCCACGCGUCAUUGUGCCGACAGCACCGACCAUCGGCAUCAUCAGGAUGCCUAUUGCCAGCCUCCCGAUUCAACAUUAUGCGACACCCCAAGGAUUCGCUGUGGGUCCUACAGUGAUCAGACCUCGCCCCGUACUUCCUACUGCUACGGUAGUUCAGCCCCAAGAAUAUAAUGAAAAUCCAUCGAGUACAGCUGAAGCGAUGGAAGUGAACGCUUUGAAUCCAAUACGCAGGCCGCUCUUCCGUGCAUGGGAGGAUGCUCAUUUGAUAAACGUCAUAGGUAUCAAUCUACGAGAAGGAGUGGGGGAUGGUGGAUACCAUCCAGAGGAUGACCAAGUAGCAAGCCCCCGGCCUAUAUACUCUGCAAAUAAUUGGCGAAGAAUCCGGGAACCAAAUUACCCGAUAUUAUCUCCAGAGGACGAUCAAGAAGUAAUCUGUCUACAUCCCAAGAAUACACCAUAUCCAUUACCUUUGCAAAGAAUUGAACCAAAUAAUUCUCCAACAUUCCGGGAGGUUGACCAAGAAGCAAGCAGUUUACAUUCCAUGCAUAUUCGACCUCCACCACCUUUGCAAAGAAUGAAUCCAAUUAACCCGCCAAAUUCUCCCGAGGUCGACGAAGAAGCAAGGCGUUUACAUUCCAUGCAUAUUCGAACUCCACCACCUUUGCAAAGAAUGGAGCCAAAUAACCCAACAUUUGAUUCGGUGGUCGACCAAGAAGCAAUGCGUUUACGCUCCAUGCAUAUACGAACUCCACCAUAUUUGCAAAGAAUGGAACCAAAUAGCUCAACAAAUUCCGUGGAGGUUGACCAAGAAGCAAGGCCUUUACGUCCCAUUAAUCCUCAUUUUGGAAUAAGGUACAUCCCAUCGGCUCGCAGGACCGUAAUAUUACGCUCCCGACCUUACCCUCCACCUCGACAAUCUUCGCCUCGCCCUGUCCCACCUCAACAAUCUUCACGACGCCAACUUCUUCGUCGCCAUCUUCCGCCCCCUCCAUCCCGCCAACAUCGAUAUCGGCAACCUCCUCCUUACCAACCUGCGCCCCGCCAACCACCACGGCACCAACCUCAACCACGCCAACCCUUGUCUCAGCGACCUCAACCUUGGUUGAACCAACAUCCGUCUCGCAAUCUUGUAUCGAUCCAGUCUUCCGCUUGCCAACAUUCGGCUCGUGAACGUCCGCCUCGCCAAGAUACGCUAAACCAACCUCCACCGAGUCCUGUAACCGACCACCAGAAUUUGCAAGGUUAUGUGGAUAUAAAUAACAACCAACUUCCAACACCUCAUAUUGAACAUCCAAAUGGUGACCAGUUGAAUUUCCAAUUACGUUAUGGAACGAUGAAUCCCGUUCCGAAUCCAGUUUAUCAUCAGUCGGCCCCAGGGGGAUCUUCUACAGUGUGA